GAGUGGGGAGAAGGAGGGAGGGGGCGGGAGAGAUUAGUUUGGGAAGUAGCACGGAUUGCUCAUCCGAUCCCUGCAGCCACAGCCAGUGUGUCAAGUUACAGAGGCGCCGGAAUCGGCCCCAGCGCUCCUCGGCAGCGGCCGCGACCCACCUCUGCCCAUGGGGCCCUCCAUGUGCGCCCCUUCGCCCGGGGACUGAAACUGGCUCGCCCAGGACAGGCGAGACACUCAGAAGGACCGGCAGCACGGCACCAACUGCUCUGCAGAUACUCGAAGGGAAAGACGGGGCGGAGAGAAGGAAACCCGACCGGAUUCCCCUAACUUUCCUGGACUUGGAACGUUCUUCGAAAUAACUUUUUUUCUCACCUUGGUGUACCCCGAUUACCUCUGGUUGUGUUUUUCGGCAUUUCCCUUCCUGCUGCUAAUUUUUCCGUCCUCUUUGCCGGGAGCAAAGGAAAGGGACGUUUCCAGCGACUCAAGCCCUUUCCCCCUGCUCCGCAGUUCGGAUCGCGCCUUUUGGCAGAGGCUGUCGCCUUUAUUUAUUCUAUUUAUUUAUUUAUUGGUUCUCAAGACGAGAGGGGAUGGCAGAGGAGCGCGCCCACAAAGCGGCAGCCGCCGGUGCCCGCGGCCCUGGGGAGCUGGGCGCGCCGGGGACGGUGGCGCUGGCUGCGGCGCGGGCGGAGCGCUGCGCGCGGCUGCCAAGCCCGGGGUCGUGCGGGCUGCUGGCGCUGGCCCUGUGCUCGCUGGCGCUCAGCCUGCUCGCCCACUUUCGGACGGCGGAGCUGCAGGCCCGGGUGCUGCGCCUGGAAGCGGAGCGCGGGGAGCAGCAAAUGGAGACGGCUAUUUUGGGACGAGUCAACCAACUGCUGGACGAGAAAUGGAAGCUCCAUUCUCGGAGGCGCCGGGAGGCCCCGAAGACGUCUCCAGGAUGUAACUGCCCACCAGGACCUCCUGGUCCCACUGGAAGACCCGGACUCCCAGGGGAAAAAGGUGCCAUUGGGAUGCCUGGACGUGUGGGAGUGAAGGGCCAACCAGGCGAGAAGGGGGCUCCCGGAGACGCUGGGCUGUCCAUCAUCGGUCCCCGAGGCCCCCCUGGUCAACCAGGCACUCGAGGUUUUCCUGGAUUUCCGGGUCCCAUUGGGCUAGACGGCAAACCGGGCCACCCCGGACCAAAGGGGGAGAUGGGUCUGGCAGGCCCCCGAGGACAGCCGGGACCUCAAGGACAAAAAGGAGAAAAGGGGCAGUGUGGAGAGUACCCGCACCGGGCCUGGGCCGUAGGGACAGGGAGAUGGCAUCUUCAGGUGUCCAUCUCCUCCCACAUGGGCCUCGUGGUGCCCAGCAGUGUGCUGCAUGGUGUGGCCCUCCCCGGGCUGCCCGCCCCUGCCAGGCAGGUCCUGGUGAAGGCCAUCGAGUGGGCCUUGCUAGCAGGGCCCGGCUUCUGCCCAGCCACUCAGGGGGCUGAAGACAUGCCAGACUCUGACCUCUGGGUUCCUGGGCCGGGGAGAGGCCAUGGGAGGGAGGGGGAGGAGGGGAGCGGGGUGCUGGUGUCUGUGGGCUCUCCCUUCACCCUCCCUGUGCCACUCCAUUCCCUCCCAAACCAGGAGUACCUAAGCAGCAUGCCAGCAGCUCUGCGCUCCAGCCAGAUAAUUACCCUGAAGGGUGAACAGGGCCAGGCCGGCAUCCAAGGUCCGCCAGGGCCACCAGGCCCCCCUGGACCGACUGGACCUCUGGGGCACCCAGGACUGCCAGGGCCCAUGGGGCCACCCGGCUUACCUGGGCCUCCUGGACCAAAGGGAGACCCAGGGAUCCAGGGCUACCAUGGCCGGAAGGGAGAACGGGGCAUGCCAGGGAUGCCGGGCAAGCAUGGCGCCAAGGGGGCUCCUGGAAUCGCCGUGGCCGGGAUGAAGGGUGAGCCGGGGACCCCAGGAGCCAAGGGUGAAAAGGGGGCUGCGGGCUCCCCGGGGCUGCCUGGCCUCCUGGGGCAGAAGGGAGAGAAAGGCGAUGCUGGCAACUCCAUCGGAGGCGGCAGAGGGGAGCCCGGCCCCCCAGGGCUCCCUGGGCCCCCAGGACCAAAGGGAGAAGCGGGUGCUGAUGGCCAGGAUGGCCCCCCAGGAUGGCAAGGAGACAAGGGGGAGCCCGGAGCAGCUGGAGAACGGGGACCAGCUGGCCCCAAGGGCUCCAAAGGAGAACCAGGGAAAGGCGAGAUGGUGGACUACAACGGGAACAUCAACGAGGCUCUCCAGGAGAUCCGAACGCUGGCCUUGAUGGGCCCUCCUGGUCUUCCUGGGCAAAUCGGCCCACCCGGACCUCCAGGGAUUCCAGGCCAGAAGGGUGAGGUCGGACUGCCAGGCCCUCCAGGACACGACGGGGAAAAGGGACCUCGAGGCAAACCAGGAGACAUGGGUCCCCCUGGUCCCCAAGGACCCCCAGGAAAGGAUGGCCCUCCAGGAGUGAAGGGGGAAAGCGGGCACCCAGGGAGCCCAGGAGAGAAGGGAGAGAAAGGGGACACGGGACAAGCAGGCUCGCCGGGUCUAGACGGCCCAACUGGGGAGAAAGGAGAACCAGGUGGCCAAGGCAGACCCGGAGCGACAGGAUUGCCUGGCCCAAUUGGGCUCCCGGGAUUUACAGGAGAGAAAGGAGAAGCCGGGGAGAAAGGUGACCCGGGAGCAGAGGUUCCUGGGCCACCAGGGCCAGAGGGGCCUCCUGGACCCCCGGGGCUCCAAGGCGUUCCUGGACCAAAGGGGGAAGCAGGGCUGGACGGAGCGAAAGGAGAGAAGGGCGUCCAAGGAGAAAAAGGAGACCGAGGGCCCCUGGGACUACCUGGUACUCCAGGACCAAUUGGAGUUCCAGGCCCAGCGGGACCAAAGGGCGAGAGGGGCAGCAAAGGAGACCCUGGGAUGACAGGACCAACGGGAGCAGCUGGGCUUCCUGGUUUACACGGACCACCCGGGGACAAAGGAAACCGGGGGGAGAGGGGGAAGAAAGGCUCUAGAGGGCCUAAAGGGGAUAAGGGAGACCAAGGAGCGCCUGGAUUAGAUGCCCCCUGCCCAUUGGGCGAAGACGGCUUGCCAGUCCAGGGCUGCUGGAACAAGUGAUGCCUCUAACCUUGGAUUGGCCUGUGUGUGUGUUUGUACAUAGAAUAUUUAUUUUUAUACAGUUUUCACUUUUUGAAAAUGCCAGAAGUAUGAUGCAUCUUACAGAUUAUUAAAAAAGAAAAAGAGAAACCUGCAUAUUUUGUACAGAAAACAUCAACCCCUUCCCUUUUGUUUACAAGAUGUUUUGUAUAAGUCUAUGUUCCUAAUACACUUUUUGUUUGUGAGUAUGGGCGUAAUGUUUGCAUGAUAUUUGUGCACACUUAUUAAGUAUUGAAGCUUAAUAAAUUAUUGUGUCCCGGUGCCAAAGCGGGCCAGCUGGCACCGAGGUGCUGGCCAGCUUUCCUGUGUAUUCACACGAAUGUGAGUGUCUGUGAUGUUUGCCAAGCUAGGUGUGUCUAAGAACAUUUUAAACCCUUAUGGAUUUUCAUUAUUAAAAAAAAAGAAACAUGGCAAUUCA